AGGACAUUCUUUACCAUGAUUGCAGUCUGGGUGGUGCUUUAAGAAGAAUUUAGAAGAAGGGAAGUCACUGGAAAAGUUGAUAAUCUACUGUAAAUUUGAUCAUCUACUGCGAACUUGAUUAUGUCUUAAGUCUUUGUUGGAGAAGUGUACUACUUCCUACAGUUCCUACUUCAUCAUCAUUGCAGUCUUUAGAUGAAAACGAGAAGAAAAAUGGCCUCAGGGGAGGUAAGAUGGCCAAUUCCUAUGAAGGCCAUAGGAGCACAAAACCUCUUGACAAUGCCAGGUGGGGUGAUGUUUUCCGGAUAUCUCCACAAGAAGGGAGGUACACAGAUUCAGAUUUUGAAAUGGCCAUUACGGUUUGUCAUCAUACACAAAGGGUGUAUUUACUACUUCAAGACAAGCACCUCUGAUUCUCCACAGGGGGCGUUUUCUUUAAAUGGGUACAACAGGGUAGUGAGGGCGGCAGAAGAGACAACAUCAAGUAAUGUCUUCCCUUUCAAAAUUGUGCACUUCAGCAAAAAACACAGAACGUGGUACUUCUCAGCAGCGUGUGAGGAGGAAAGAAAGAAAUGGAUGUUAUGUUUGAGAAAAGAAAUUGACUAUUACUAUGCAAAAAGGGACUAUCAGGCUCAGCAAAGUGUUUCAGGUUUUGACUCAGAAAGCUUUUAUGGCUCUGUUGAACGGCUUAUUGACAUAACAUAUACACCUGAAGCAUCUGACAAUGGCGACUAUGUAGAAGAGGAGGAUGAAGGGGAAGAGGAAGAUGAAGAUUAUUUGAAACCAGAUGAAUCAAAGGAAGCAAAUAUUUUAAUUCGACCUAAUGUACCUCCUCCUGCUUACCCUCCACCUCCUGUUCCACUUAAAUCUUACCGGCAUGAAACCCCACCUCCUCAAAAAACCACAGGAUUCAGGGCAAUGCCCCCAAAUCUUCCACCUGCUCCCAAGAAAAGUUUACCAGAGUUACAAUUUCCCAGAAAGGAAUCUCCACCAUUUCCACCACACAAGAGAAGUGAAUGUGAACUACCCAAGGAGGCAGCUGUGAUUCUCAGCAAAGGCCACCCUCUACAGUUACCGUUUGCCUCCCAUUUGAAGAAGCCAGCCACGGACACAAAAGAGGUGCCAGUCAAAAGCCCCACCCCAAGCAAAUUUCCAAAGUGCAGGCCAAUUUGCAGUGAUCUUGAGAAAAAGCUAUCUGUGAGCAACAAAUCCUUACUUGAUACUUUUCCGGAAGCAACACCAUCACAAAACCCCAAGCUGAUUGCCAUGACUCUGGGGUGUGAGAAGCCUGGAAUGUACAAACCCCCACUGAUGCCCAAACCUCCGCCUGCUGAAGUGAAGCCAAAGCCAAAACAUCAUGGACAAUCCUUACAGAGAGCUUCAGCAGAUGGACAAAGUUUCCGCUCUUCAGUGGAUGAAGAGCCAGCACAUUUGCGAACCAAGUCCCAGUCAAUCGAUUAUGACUCUGACGACGACUAUGAAAAGGUGCAAUUACCUGACUCUGUUUUUGUAAGUACGACAGAAACAAGUGAGGUUGAAAGGUUAUUUAAAGAAAGCGAUCCAAGUGGUAAUCCACAGGAUGGAUUGUUCUGUAUAAGGAAUUCAGCAACCAGGACAACACAGGUCUUAGUUGUAUGGGAUGUAACUACAUAUAAAGCAAGGAACUUCAGAAUCUUUGAAAAGGACUCCAAGGUCUUCCUAGAAAACGACUUGACAUUCCCUUCAUUAGAAGUAUUGGUUGAGUACUACUACAGCCAUGUUCUACCCAGCCAUGAUACACUCCAUCUUCAGAAACCGUUUAUACAUCAAAAUGUAUUCAGUUAGCAGAGCUGAGAAUUGGUGACAGUUGUCUCUGGUUCAUUGAGCAAGAUUUGUUUUAGAAAGAACUAAACAUGAAAGAAACAAAAACUAUUGGUUCCACAAAUUUGUUCAAAUAGGCAAAUUCAGGGCUUAACAUCAGCUUGCUGCAAGACUUACAGAACAAAGUUCCAGAAAGUCACAAAAAAGUCCUGGAUGGAUUAGCAUCUACCGAGAAAUGUGAUGAACUCAACUACCUGUAUAUUGGGUCCCCCAAAUAACAAUAAUGAUAACAUGUAGUGGGAAAUGUGGGCGAGUACGAUUGCCUAUUGUAGAUUUACUAC